UUUUCCCCCGCGGCGCACAGACACACACACACAGCAGCCGAACGGGACACAACAACCAGGGCCAGAAAAGAGGACAUGAAUUCACGACUCCAUCACCUUUCCACAGGUCCUUGGCUCCAGGUUAGAAGAGAGUGUUGCUGGCUGUAUGUGGAAGGUGGAAUGGAGAUUAACAGCUUCAGCUCCUGUUCCUGAGACUCCUUGUAAUUCCCUGUGUGUCCCAGUUCCAACACCAACUUCAUGCUGCAUUUUUAGAGCCUCUUUUUGCUGGACUGAAUUGCUCUACACACCUGUUAACAUGAUCGUCUUUUUGGGGGUGUCUCUUUUUGACACACAUCUGAGAGUCUGUAUGUCAGUUUCACUGGAGCUCAUUGAAGUUGGUCAUCUACAGUGAGUGGUGCCAUCAUGGAUUUGAUUCCAGAGGAUUCCUCAGUGACUGUGGAAAUGGACCUGCUUUGGGAUUAUAACUGCGUUGUGACUGAAGCAGUUUCAUCAUAAGAAUCUAGUGAACCAUUUUCGUGCUUCUGAUUUGAAUUAUUAUUAUUAUUAUUUUUUACCUUUAGUGUCCAUAAGGAUGGUGGGAGAAAAGCACUGUUGAAGGUUCACACCAUCACCAUGAAGGCAUCCAAUCACCUUCUUCUCAAAACAUAUCUCUGGAAUGGUCCUCUGGUGUUGGGAUAUCACUGAAUAGUUUGAGAAAGUCCUCAACUUUUGUGCCUACCCCAGCUGGGUCUACUGCAUGGAGCAGACUUUUGCUUUGAUGCACCUGGAGUGCCCUUCCUUUGGCUUCGUUCACCACCUACUUCCUUACUUCAACAACUCAUUUACUUCGGGCGGGUUUAUUGAUUUCAAGUUGAUGUCUUUUGUCUGAACUGCUGAACUUGCACCGUCAUCACUUGCCUGCCACUGCCUUGAUUUUAAUCUGACUGCUGAGACAAGGUGAGCUAAACCGAGGAAUGUCUUCCUUAACUUGAGCAAGCUUAUCAAACCCAAAGCUGUACCGGCAUUUGAAGCUAGUGUGAAGAGGGUGGUGGGAGUGGUGAGUUUGAGGAAAUGGCAGAGCAUGCAGAGCUUCUUGCAGAAAUGACCACUGUCGGGCGGCUGUCUGCCACAGAGCGUCUGAAGCAUGCGCAGAAGCGCCGGGCCCAGCAGCUCAAAGGCUGGGCUCAGAUGGAGAAAGAAAACGCCAGAGCAGGAAAAGCUUCGCAGAAGAGCGACAGGGAGAAAAAGAGUAAGAAGGACAGUGGCAAGAAGGUGACCUUCCCCAACAACAUCACCUUGCUGGAGGCUGCAGCCAGGAAUGACCUGGAGGAAGUGAGGGAGCUGCUGAACAGCGGUGUUAGCCCAGACCUGUUUAAUGAAGAUGGACUUACGGCAUUACACCAGUGCUGCAUAGAUAACUUUGUGGAGGUGGUGCGCUGUCUGCUGGACGCAGGGGCAAGUGUAAAUGCCUGCGACAGCGAGCUGUGGACUCCUCUUCAUGCAGCGGCUACCUGCGGACACACCGACCUCGUCCAGUUGCUCGUACAGGCUGGUGCGGAUCUGCUGGCGGUAAAUGCGGAUGGGAACAUGCCGUACGACCUGUGUGAGGACGACGCCACACUGGAGCUGAUAGAGGUUGUGAUGGCAGAGCAGGGCAUCACUCAGGAGCGCAUUGACGAGUGUCGCGGGACAAAGGAGAGAGAGAUGCUGGCGGACAUUCGAGCGCUGAUAGAGAGAGGAGCUGACCUGAACGCCGCGGAUGAGCAAGGAGCUACUCUGCUGCACAUUGCGGCUGCUAACGGCUAUCUGUCAGUGGGGGAGCUGCUGCUGGAGCAGAGAGUGCGCGUGGAGGAGAAGGACAGUGAUGGCUGGACUCCGCUCCACGCUGCGGCCUGCUGGGGACAGCUGCACAUGGUUGAGCUCCUUGUAGCUCACGGGGCAAAUUUAAACACCAAGUCUGUCCUAGAAGAAACUCCACUGGAUGUGUGUGCAGAUGAGGAGGUAAGGGCAAAGAUGCUGGAGCUGAAACACAAACAUGACGCCAUCAUGAAGAGUCAGGACAGACACAAAGGAACACUGCAGAGACGAGCGUCCAGUGCCAGCAGCAGAGGUAAGGUGGUUAGGCGAACGAGUGUGAAUGAGCGCAGUAGUCUGUACAGAAGAGAGCACCAUAAGGAGGCGAUGGUGUGGCAGGAGAGAGGAGGCCAGCCUGAACCAGCUGACGAUGACGAGGACAGACAGACGGACGCUGAACUGAAACAACACGCUGCUAUGGUUGCAGGAUCCAGUGGCAGCUCCGGUGGUGGCUCCAGUGCUGUUCUGCGGCCAGAUGGUGGUGGAGAAUCUGGUAAUGCGGUCUCCACUCUAGGGAACGGUGGUGCUCCCUCGUUCUCCUCAUCCUCCAUACCGGGGGAGCUGCGGGGCGGAGGCAGGAUGGACCGCAGUGCAUCCUACCAACUGACCCCCAGUGUCGGGGAGGGCGGGGAUGGGGCCGACAGCAUGACCCGAGAGAAGUCUCACCACACACUUGCCGAACUGAAGCGCCAAAGAGCAGCCGCAAAGCUGCAGAAACGACCGGCCCCUGCACCCCCUCUCUCGAUCAGAGAGGAGCCCACACUGCCUCAGCCUGGCCACCAGGGGGAGCCCUCAGCAUCUGAACAGGAAAGCACAGACAACCCUGUUUAUUUCACUCCAGCCAGCGGAGAUCCACCGCUGUUGAAGCUCAUAGCACCUGAAGAGGAGACACCCAACACAAAGGAGCCGUGCUGCGGACUAAUGUAGAGAUCAGAUGGGGUGAACAUGCACACGAUCGUUUCUUCUAGUGUUUCUGGAGAAUCCCUGCCCUGCAUAUUUUAGUGUUUUCCCUGCUGUAAAACACCUGGAGGAGUAUUUCACAAAGCAGAGUUAGCUGCGGACUACUUGGGGGAUAAACCUUCUACUGGUGGAAAUUAAAAACUUAUGUUAACAUACAUAAAAUAUUUGCUUUUCCUUGCAUUUAUAUUAAGUUACCCUAUGAAAGUAACACUGUUAUGCAAACACUGUUUUGUUGCAAGAGCGAUAUAAACAAUCAAGCGAAAUAAGCAAUCAUGUAAUUAAACAGACUAAACGAAAGCAAAGCUUGUAUAAAAUAUAGAACUAAAGAAAAACAAUAAAAAAAGCAUUAGGGAAAACAACCUAAUUGCUAGGCUUCUCACAAUCAUGAAAUUUUAGUUGAUUAAUUAAUUAACUGCUGUAUAAAUAAUUGCGAUAAAUAAUUUGUCUUUUUUUGUUAAUUGUGUACAACUGGUAAAGUUCAAGCCUAAAGUGGCCAAAAUGACUGAUUAGCAAUAUUUACAGCUGUUGAUAUUUCCCACCUGACAACAGACACAGCUUUAGGUAACAAAAAAUAAAGAAAUUUACUACAAAUUGCUCAUGUCUGCCUUCUAAACCUGUUAUUAGCAUACAUUACACAAGCCGUACUGGUUGGAUUUUGCGGGAGUUUUUAAACCCAAGUUGCACGGUUUAUGUAUUGAGGCACAGGCUCAAAAAUAAGGUAUGGCUCGACAUUCAGGUCUUAAAUGUGAAGUCAACAUAAAGCUGAUGAAGAUAUGACAACAGUAGAUAAUUCACUCUUAGAAUACUCUUUAAACGCAGUUGCAGUAAUCAGAUUCAUCAGCUUGGGAAGGAGGUCCAAAGCACAACCCAUGUUAUAAAAUGUUCCUCCAUUCGUUGCAUGCAAUUACACAUUUCCACCAGAGAGGUCUCCAAAUCCCCAAAUCCUACAUAGUGUACCUUUUUAAUAUUUCCGACCUGCUUUGUGAAAUAUCCCCUCCAGAUCCAGCUAGUCAGCUAAUUAAGUUAAAGUGUGUGCAGGGCAAAUGCAAAAAUAUGUCAUUAGAACCAGAACUGAAAAAGAACUUCUCAUAUCUGCUGAUGCAUGUUUAAUAUACAAGCCACACCUACAAACUGACACAACUGACAAGUACACCAUAAGCAGCACUCUGUUUGCACACACUGAACAUAACUUUUGCACACAGAGAAGGACUCAGACUGGAGACCUUCUACUAGAGCUUCUCUUUUACAACAGCUUCACUCAAAAGCACAGAGCAGAAUGACUCCUGCAAGAAAACAAAACAGAUAUUUCAGCUAAAAAAGAAAAACAAAACAACAGCACUGGGUAUAUCAGCAGCAUUUCAGUUGUGUCUAUUGCUGCUUCUUAUUUCCCCCCCCCCCAUGUUCUUCUUUCAAAUCAGCCAGCCAUUAGCUAAGUCUAUUGCUGUCUAUUAUUUUUGUCAGAAUUGCUUCAUAUGUUUUUUUUUUUUUUUCAUAAUUAGUAAUCAUGACACAUGAACAUAUGUCUGUCAGAGGAGAGGGAGAAGACUGAGCAUGCACUUUAUUAGAUAGCUAUAGUAGUGGUGACAGACCACUUACAGAGGUGUUUAAAGUGGAAUCCCACCAUACCCACAAUACCAACUUUUCUGCAUAAUUCAAUUGUUUAUAUGUAAACAGUCGUUCAGAGUGGUUUGAUAUGAAAUGGUUUAUUGCAGAGAAACUUGCAGACUCAGAUUUCUUUACAGUGGUGGUGACAAAGAGACAUACACCAGUUUUAAUCUCUAUCCAAAAUGUAAUUACAUGUCUUUUGCUUUUUUGUAUAUUCGAAUGAUGAUAGUAAAAUAGUGGUAAAUCUGAAAAAUACUUUUCUUAUGUACAUCUCCACUAUAAACGAAUAAAAAAUGUUUAUAUUAAAACUUGAUCUCAAAACUGAAGCAUGAGACUCUGACUUGGUAAAUUCCUGUAGAAAAAGCAUUUCGUAUCAAACCACUCGAUUCCUCUUUAAAUGGCUUAUUAUUAUUGUUAUUACUAUUCACACAGCUAUGAGGACAGAUUUAGUUCCAUCUUAAUCCAAAACUCCCAGUGCCUGAAUCCUGUAGACUAGCAACUUCGUCCCAUGUAAAAAUUUAAGCUCCUUCUAGGCUGGUGACAGUAUACACAUGCGAUUUACUCCUCUGGCCAAUUUAUUACAAACGCUUCCUUUGUUGUUCCACCUUGCUGAUGUACAGUUGGAGACUAUUUGUCCUUCAUCAAUGGUCAGUUUCUGACCACAGAGCUGCUCUUGUUCACUCUUAACCAGCAGUGAUACUGACAUGGUAGUGCUGUGCUGACAAUGAUUCAACAAAUAAUUCCUCAACAGCAGUGGUCCUGUGGUCAGAACCUGACCAGUGAUGAAGGGGAUAUAGGGGGAUUCAUCCAUUGUGCAGCAACAGAUGAGCUACAGUCUGUAGCUGAUCUAUCCAUGUCCUGCCCCAAAAUGCGUUUUUUCAUAGCAACUCUUACAAAGUUGGGCAAGCUUUACGGAACGUGACCAAAUGAAUUAAGGUUUGGGUUCAGAACCGCUACACAAUGUUGAGUUUCCAGUUUAAAAUGCAACUGAGCUGGAAUGUUGUGUCGCCUGGAAGGUUGGAAACGACAACAGAUUUUCCACCAUUCUAACAUGGUAAGCUCAAUUAUCUGACGCCUGAUCUGACCUAAGAGUAGCUGUGUUUCCUUCCAUGCUUUUGUAUGUAUAUUUCGACUGACUUAAUUGAAGUGGCAGAUAUCAGAUAAAAUCGAAAAAAGAAAUGCGGUGGAAACACAUUUGGCAAAUAAAUAACAAAUGUGAAUUAAAUGUGGAAUAGUAUGCCUGACCAGGAGUUAUUCACCUGGCUAAUGUGAUCUUUCAUACACAUUGUUGUUAGGAAUGAACUGUUUUGAUGAAAAUUGAGUCAUGUGCUACAGUGUCUCAUUAGGUUCACUGGCCCUUAUUCAUCGAAGUCAUGUACAGUUAAAUCUGAUCAUGACAGUAUCUCUACAACCAAACUCUCUGUAGGAGUGUGUGUGUAAACUUGAGCAUAACAGUUCAGCAGCCUGAAAAAAAAAUGCUUGAUUUGUGGUUAACUAAUCAAAACUAUUAUCACAAUCAUCUAUAAUAUUGAUAAUAAGAAAAAAAUAGAACACAACAAUAAUACUAAGAAUUUGUGCACAUGGCACCCCAGUACAGAAGUACUGAGAUGUUAUUUUUUUUUCUUUUCUUUCCAGUUGUCAUAAAUUUUAACGCUGUAAAGUUUGGUCAGUAGGGGGAGCAAUGCCUACUCCGCCUACAAGCACAGCCACUCCUUCGCUAGCCACUGAAUAUUGUCGUUUUAUUGGCAAAACAGCAUGAAUAAGGGCUUGUAAAUGAGGUGCUGGUAGGCUGGCGCUUGAUUUCACGCACUGAAGCAGAUUCUUCAUUUACGCUCAAAUCUCUGCUUGUUUCCACGUCGUGUGAGAGUUUGAUAAAUCGGAAGCAGAGUAUUUUGUACUUCAUUAGAGACAGUCAAAUCUGCACUCAUAUUUAUUAAUGAAUAAGGGUCACUGGGACUUAAAGUUUGUCCAACCUCGCAACAGUGGCUAAUGAAAGAACUUAAUUUGGGUGGGUGGAGCAUGGACAGGUCAGUAUAGUGCAACUAUAAGCUAAGUGGACCUUAUAAAGUUGGAGUGGGAGUAUAUAAUCACAGUCUACUUCCUUUCUUAUCUGAAUGCUUUUUUUGCUUGAUUAGAAAUUAGUGAGCCCUGCUGUAAAGUGGACCUGGAAGAAUCUACACAGUCGAGCCUGUUGAGCCUAAUUGACUUUGUUUAUUUAUGUUUAUUUUAUUUAUUUCUGGCACUGAGAAAGCACUGGACCUACACAUGCUCAGUGUGCAAGGAUUUUGAGUGUGAAUUUGCAUUCCACACUGCUUUCACUGCUGUCUGUGCUGAGUCUUAUCCAAUCAUUGUCAUAUUUAUGACAAAAAUCUGGACGGAAAUAGUCAUUUGCUUCAACACACCAAGAAAUGCCUAUAUUUUAAUAGGACGUCGAUUCCUGUCAUGUUUUCAUCAUCAUCGCUGAUUGUUAAUAGGAUUUAUAUGAAAAGCUGUUUUGGACGAAGUAAUUUCAGAUGAAAAUAUUCUCAGUAAAUUUUUAUUUCAGGUUGGAGAUUCUGGACUUUAAGCAGCUUUUAAGGAUUGAUCUAUAUGUCUUAAUUAUUGUCUUUGCCUAUUUAUGUCUUUGGGUUUAAUUGCACAAAGUAAGAGCUGAGAUAUAUAGAAUAUUUAUAAUGUGAGAAUUUACAGACGACACUGUCGUGAACACAAGCUUUUUGAGAAACAAUCCCAGUUCUGUGUAUUUUGUUCAUUUUUCUUUUUAGGUAUUGUGUUUUUGUUUAUAAACUGAUCUUGCUGUCUGUAGAAAUGGUUAAAGUGUUGUGAUUUUUUUUGUUUUUUUUUACUGAAACUGAUUUUUCUGUUUUAAUGAUGGACUUUUGCUGAGAGCUUGAUGAAGUGCAUGAUGAAGAUGUUCCAGAUGUGAAGAAGUACAAUAAUACUGAGCUGGGCUUCCCAAACUGACCAAAACAGUGUAAUCCAGCAAGUGGUUGGAUCUCUAAUGUAAAAGAUUUGGCAUCAGAUUUCAAAGAAUCGCUUUGAGAAUUUAUACUUACAGUACUGUGCAAAAGUCAGAGACCCUUUCCUGUGUUUGAUUUGCAGCCAAAAAGGAAAUUUUAAUUACAAGCCAGUCAUUUUUUAACAGCGUCAACAACUAUAUAUGAUAUCAAAAUGUUCAGUGUUUAUGCAUCCAGUCUUUGCCUUUAUUACAGCUUUUAUUCUUUUCGGGAGACUUUCAGCUUUUCAGACACCUGCAGGAAGAUUUUUCCACACCUCCAAAGUUCAGUCUUAGAAGUUGGUUGCAUUUUCUGUUUCUCAAAAUCCAGGUAAUCAAACACAUUCAGUGAUGUUGAGGUCUGGACUCUGGGGUGGUCAGUUCACUGUUUUAAAAACACCAGCAGCUUCUUUGUUGUGUCUGUCUCCUUUUUCUCAGUAAGAGCUUCUUAACAGCUGCACCUCCUUUCAGACCCAUAGCACUGAGUCGUCUUCUCACAGUGGAAGGAUGGACAGAAAUACCUGUGGAUGUUUUCAGAUCUGAAGCAGCUUAAUUUUCUCCUCUCUCUCAAAGAUGAAAGCUUUAAGUGCUGUUUAUCUGAUGGGGCAGUUAGGUGGUGUACCAGGUUUUUUGUUAGGAGUCCCAUUUUUAUUAUAUUUAUUUGAUGUUGAGAAGGGUGACCUCUGACUUUUGAACAGUGCAGGAUCUUCCAGUAUGUUUUAAUUGGUCACAACACGUUUAUCUCUCUAUUAAAGUAAUACAUCACAUGUGUUACUAUAAACGUAAAAAGAGCCAGAAUUAUGUAAUAAACACACACAGUCCAAAAAUACAGAGAAUUAUUUUUAAGGUGCUCUGGUUUUGCCGAGAUUUGUGAGUUUUAUGUAAAUGAAGCUGAAAUGAAUGUGUGUUGAUUAGAUGCAAUACUGUAACAGUGUGUUUAUCCUGCAGGGUGACCUGCAGUGGUGGACUUUUCUACCUACCACCACAUUUUCUGGAUUGUGAUGUUAGAGCUUAUUUAAUUAUUAUUUGAAAUAAAUAUUAUAUAUGAUGAGC